AUGCCAACCAUCCCCGAUGCAAGCGUCCCCAGGCCAACUAUUCCCAACAAAAAUCAUUCCAGAGACAAACCUCCCCAAAACAACCAUCCCAACACCAACGGUCGCCACGCCAACCAUCGCUACAGCAACGGACCCCACAAGAACGGUCGCCAAGACAAAAGUCCCCACGCCAACCAUCGCUACAGCAACGGACCCCACAAGAACGGUCGCCAAGACAAAAGUCCCCACGCCAACCAUCGCUACAGCAACGGACCCCACAAGAACGGUCGCCAAGACAAAAGUCCCCACGCCAACCAUCGCUACAGCAACGGACCCCACAAGAACGGUCGCCAAGACAAAAGUCCCCACGCCAACCAUCGCUACAGCAACGGACCCCACAAGAACGGUCGCCAAGACAAAAGUCCCCACGCCAACCAUCGCUACAGCAACGGACCCCACAAGAACGGUCGCCAAGACAAAAGUCCCCACGCCAACCAUCGCUACAGCAACGGACCCCACAAGAACGGUCGCCAAGACAAAAGUCCCCACGCCAACCAUCGCUACAGCAACGGACCCCACAAGAACGGUCGCCAAGACAAAAGUCCCCACGCCAACCAUCGCUACAGCAACGGACCCCACAAGAACGGUCGCCAAGACAAAAGUCCCCACGCCAACCAUCGCUACAGCAACGGACCCCACAAGAACGGUCGCCAAGACAAAAGUCCCCACGCCAACCAUCGCUACAGCAACGGACCCCACAAGAACGGUCGCCAAGACAAAAGUCCCCACGCCAACCAUCGCUGA